CAUGUGCGUGGUGUGUUACUUCCUCGCGUCUAACGUUGCUGUGGUAGCUCCUUCAGUCCUCUGACUCCUCUUAGCUAUCUUUGGUGCAGCAGCAGCAGCAGCAGCAGCAGCACGGUGCGAAAGGCGCACAAGUGUAGUCAGCCAGCGACCCAGCAGAAAUGUCGGAAAGUGGGAGUCAGGAACCUGUCGGGGCCGCAAACGGCAGCGACAGCCCGACAAAACAUGCACCCAGACCGCCAGUCGGCAACAGAGUGACCGUGGUUCUCGGGGCUCAAUGGGGCGACGAGGGGAAAGGAAAAGUUGUGGAUCUGCUCGCACAAGACGCGGAUAUGGUGUGCAGAUGUCAGGGCGGCAACAACGCAGGACACACAGUGGUGGUCGACUCGGUGGAGUACGACUUUCACCUCCUCCCCAGCGGCAUCAUCAACCCCAAGGUCACUGCUUUCAUUGGUAACGGUGUUGUUAUUCACCUGCCAGGCCUGUUUGAAGAGGCAGAAAAGAAUGAAAGCAAAGGAAAAGGUCUAAAAGACUGGGAGAAAAGGUUGAUCAUCUCAGACAGAGCACAUAUUGUGUUUGACUUCCACCAAGCAGUUGAUGGUGUUCAGGAACAGCAGAGACAAGAGCAAGCAGGCAAGAACCUCGGGACAACAAAGAAGGGGAUUGGUCCAGUGUACUCAGCCAAAGCAGCACGUAGCGGUCUCAGGAUAUGUGACCUGUUGGCUGACUUCACUCAGUUCUCCGAAAGGUAUAAAGCGUUGGCCCAGCAGUACAAGGGUAUGUACCCCACUCUGGAGAUUGACAUAGAGGGAGAGCUGAUCAAAUUAAAGAACUAUGUGGAGCGGAUCAAACACAUGGUGAGAGACGGGGUGCACUACAUGUACGAGGCUCUUCACGGCCCUCCUAAGAAGAUCUUGGUGGAAGGAGCCAACGCAGCACUGCUGGACAUCGACUUUGGGACGUACCCGUUUGUGACAUCGUCCAACUGCACGGUGGGCGGGGUGUGUACGGGUCUUGGCAUGCCGCCUCAGAACGUCGGGGAGGUUUAUGGGGUCGUCAAGGCCUACACCACCAGAGUCGGCAUCGGCGCUUUCCCCUCUGAGCAGAGCAACGAGAUCGGAGAGCUACUUCAGACUCGGGGGAAGGAGGUGGGCGUGACCACAGGCAGGAAGAGGCGAUGUGGUUGGCUGGAUCUGGUGCUUAUCAAAUAUGCACACAUGAUUAAUGGCUUUACUGCUUUAGCACUCACCAAACUGGACAUACUUGACGUGUUUGCAGAGAUCAAAGUGGGCGUAUCGUACAAAGUCGACAACCAAACUAUACCUUACUUUCCAGCCAAUCAGGAGGUGUUGCAGCACGUGGAGGUCCAGUAUGAGACACUGCCGGGAUGGAACAGCGACACCUCGGCUGUGAGAAGCUUUGAGGAGCUGCCUGAGAACGCCCAGAAAUAUGUCCACUUCAUUGAGGGGCAUGUUGGAGUGCCUGUCAAGUGGAUCGGAGUGGGCAAGUCUCGGGAGUCCAUGAUCCAGCUGUUCUAAACGAAGGGAGGAGAAACACGAGCAAAGAGAAUGCACAGCCCCCCCCCCCACACACACACACACACACACACUCACACACACACACACACACACACGCCCUUAAUGCUUUACCUCUGAAUCAUCAGACUGUCCCAUGUUACAGACCGGACCUCUCUGGAUCAGAUUCCCAUCAGACUGACCUCCAUGAACGAAUGGUUCCCAGCUUCUCCAUCUGGAUUUUUAACAGUUUUAAACUUCAGCAUAACAGCUCCACAGUCCCCUCUUUUAAUUUGUCCCUGUUUGUAUUGUAACCGUUUAUUCCAGACAUACAACACACUCAGCAACACCAGCUGCCAUCAGGUCUGAAAGAUGACACGAGGGAAUGGACUCAACACACACACACACACACACAC